AUGUCCUCCCUCGUCUCCCGCGCGUUCCCGCUCGCCACCCGUGCCCUCGCCUCCUCGAGGCAAUGCAUCGUCCACGCACGUCUCCAGAGCACAAAGGCCCCGAGAGUGCUCCCCGAGUUCUCGAUGGAGGGCAAGGUCUGCAUGGUCACUGGGGGCGCCCGCGGCCUGGGCAACGAGUUCUGCCGCGCCUUCGUUCGCUCCGGAUGCACCAGCAUGGCCAUCGUCGACCUGAAACAGUCCGAGGCACAGGAUGCCGCCCAGGAGCUCGUUGCGUCCGCCUGCCUUAACAGCGAUCUAAGCCCGAGCGACUUCAACGUCGUCGGUCUCGAGUGCGACGUCUCCUCCGAGCGCUCCGUCCAAAAGGCCUUCGCGGAGACCAUCGACCGCUUCGGGCGCGUCGAUUCCGUCGUCGCCUCGGCCGGUAUCGUGGAGAACUAUUCCGCCUUCGAUUACCCGUUCGACCGCAUAAAGCGCUUGUACGACAUCAACGUGCACGGGGCGUUCUUCACCGCGCGCGAAGCGGCGCGCAACAUGAUACCGCAAGGCGGCGGGAGCAUCGUGCUCGUGGCGAGCAUGAGCGCGAACGCCCAGAUCGUCAACGUUCCCCAGCCUCAGACGCCGUACAACGCGUCAAAAGCCGCUGUGCGGCACAUGGCGUCCAGCCUAGCGGUCGAGUGGGCGAAGAAGGGCGUCCGCGUGAACUGUCUGAGCCCUGGCUACAUGUUGACGAAAUUGACGAAAACGAUCUUGGCCCAUGACCAAGAGCUCAAGAAAACAUGGGAGAGCCUGACGCCGAUGGGACGGAUGGGUGAACCAGAAGACUUGGCCGGCGCCAUCGUGUUCCUCGCCAGUGACGCGUCCCGAUUUAUGACCGGGUCGGAAAUCCGCGUGGAUGGGGGCUACUGCAUCAUCUAA